UCAAAUAUGAACUCAUUUCAAGGUAUGUGUGCAACCAUGGCUCUUGGUUUACUGGUCUUGGUGAUGGUGAUAGGUGUGUCCGCCACUCUACCGAGCCAAGUCAUCAACUGUACAUCAGGUAGCAACAAUUGCACCGUGACGAACAGCUACGGCACCUUCUCCGACCGGACCACUUGCCGAGUGGCAGCUGCUGUGUAUCCAUCAGACGAGAUGGAAUUGCUACAUGCCGUAUCGAAUGCAUCCAUGAAAAAGCAAAAGAUGAAGGUGGUGACCGUCUACUCUCACGGCAUGACCAAGAUCUCCUGUCCAGGUGGGCCUAGUGGGACUGGUCUUGCAAUAAGCACUGAGCGGUUGAAUCAUGUGGCUAGCAUUGACUCGGCAAGCAUGCGCAUAACCGUGGAGAGUGGGAUAACCAUGAGCAGAAUCGUAGAUGCCGCGGCUCAGGUGGGAUUGGCGGUCUCACAUUCGCCCUACUGGCUAGGACUUACCUUGGGUGGUGUAUUGAGUACAGGAGGACAUGGGAGUUCGUUGUUUGGAAAGGGAUCAGCUGUUCAUGAGUAUGUUGUGGGUAUGAGGCUUGUUGUUCCGAAUCCUGAGCCUAUCAACGGCUACUAUGCGAGGAUUGUGGACCUUGGAGAAGAUGACCCUGACCUCUUAGCAGCUAAAGUGUCUUUGGGUGUGCUGGGAGUCAUUUCUCAGGUGACGCUUCAACUAGAGCCCAUGUUCAAGCGCUCCAUCACCAACAGGGUCUCACUGGAUGCAGAUUUUGAAAACACCAUUGCUACGUUCGGUGAGACCACUGAGUACGGCGACAUCACUUGGUAUCCUUCACAAGCUAAGGUAGUAUACCGAGAUGACUUUCGUGUUCACACAAGCAUAGCCGGAGAUGGCAAUAAUGAUUUAUUCCCGCUACAACUAUCGCUGCUCGUCGAGUCGACUCGUGCAGUAGAGGAAACAUUCGAAGCGACGGGAAAUUCCAAAGGAAAAUGUUUAUUGUCCAAAAUUCAAGUAACGGCGGCACUCCAGGGGGGCGGGGCACUAAAGAACGGUGGGAAUUUACUGGGUUUCACAGGCUAUCCAGUGAUUGGGAAUCAGAGCAAGAUGCAGGGCUCAGAAUCUUGCAUGAAGGGCACUGAUGAUGAACUACUCACUGCUUGUCAAUGGGACCCACAAAUCAAAGGGCGGUUCUUUCAUCAAACUGCCUUUAGCAUACCUUUAGCCAACGUGACUUCCUUCUUCGUCGACGUGAAGAAACUAAGAGACAUGGAUCCCACUGCUCUCUGCGGUGCUGAAUUGUACGGCGGAUUCUUAACAAGGUUUGUUCGGGAAUCUACAGCGUAUCUCGGGAAGACGACUGAUUCAUUCCAGAUAGACAUGACCUAUUACCGAUCCCGCGACCCAAAUGAGCCUCGGCUUCAUGAAGAUGUGUUUGAAGAGAUCGAGCAAAUGGCAUUUUUCAAAUACAAUGGACUUCCUCAUUGGGGGAAGAAUAGGAACGUUGGUUUUCACGGGGUGAGAGAUAAGUUAGGGCCGAAAGGGGAUAUGUUUAUACAAGUGAUGGAGAGGUAUGAUCCAGAUGGUUUGUUUUCUUCUGAAUGGACGGAUGGGAUCUUAGGAUUGCGUGGGGCUGGAGUGUUGAUCGAGAAGAAUGGCUGUGCACUUGAAGGAUUGUGUAUAUGCUCGAUGCAUGAACAUUGUGCACCACACAAGGGCUACUAUUGUCGUCAGGGGCAUGUAUUUACUGAAGCUCGUGUGUGUCGGAAAAUCGACAUCUCUCAGGCUAAUCGAAUGGAUGAUGCUUGCUGGGACCAUGCGGAUGACCUGUCACGUGUGUGGGACAUCUGAGCCGUGAACGGGAUGGUUCAUCCGUGAAGAUUAUCUGGGCCAAUGUUUACGACGAAUGUGUUAUAAUAAAUGUGUGACCCACCUUAUGAUUCAGCAGUCUUAAUUUUGUGCCUGACCUCUUACCUGGUGUGGCCCACUUGAUGCACCGUCGGAUGUUCCAUGCACAUGCCAGGUUAGCAUGUCAGGCAAAAAUAUAUAUAUCUAUUUUACAGUAUGUUAAUCAUUCACUACUUUCCUUGCGAGGCA